AUGACCAAAACGGUUGAAAAGACACCUGAUCACACUCUCUCGAUUGCACCCAAAGCCGUCACGGAGGAGACAAAGAAGCAAGAGCCUCUUGUGACUAUGGAGGCUGUUGUGGAGAAGGACCAGGAGUACUACCUGAAGCGAGCUCUUGAUCUCUGUGAAGAGCAUCCUUCUGCUGCUAUCAUCAUUGGUACGUCCGGCAUCAAUUCUUAUACCCUCGUGGAUGCCGCUACCCUCGUACAAGCCCUGUGGUAUGAUGCCCCACCGCGAGGUGGACCUCCCACAGUAAGCAGCGAUGGCACCCACCUUGGCGGAGACUACCGGCCAUUUUACUACCUCGGCCUCAAGUGGAAAUGUCAUACCGCAAGAGGGAACAUUGACAGACUUCACCUGCGAAAGACCACUCCAGCCGAAGCAAUCACCAUGUAUUCGAAGCUGAAAAUGGCGACAACAUCCCCCGCAAUGGACAAUCCGCCAAUGGUAGAGGCCAUUACCAAACCGCUACCUGGCAGUUCAAACUUCGAGGGCACCUGGCGGGCGCUGAUGGACGAAGGAUUUCCUGACGACAAUGGAUACUUCUAG